AUCUAGCUUAAACAAGAUGGCUGCUUUAGUAAAUGAGCUUGGUUGCAUCAAUUUAUUUAUAAGAAGCAGCAUGGGAGAGGCAACUGCUGAUUUAGAUUUACAGUCUGAUGAGUUUAAAGAAUUUUCAAAUUCUGAAGAUGUGAAGCCACUUCUAUCUACAGUAUUUUCAUCUUCUUCUGACAUAAAAACAGAAUUAUCAUUUUUAACUUUCCGUGAUAUCAAACCAAACUUGACAUUUAUAGCUUCACAGGAUGAUAAAACCGUUGUUACGCCAGAUUUUUCAUCUUCUACAGACACAAAGUCAGAAUGUACAUCAUUUUCCUCUUUUGAUGAUGUAAAACACCAUAUGACAUUUCUAACAUCUCAAGAUAAAACAACAGGAUUUUUAAUUUUUAAAGAUAUGGAACCUGCUGUAUCAGCAGUAUGUACAAGAUCUGAAGAUAUAAAAACAGAAUUAGAAACUUUAUCAACCAACACAGAAUUAGAAAUUUUAUCAACUACUGAAGAUAUAAAUCCAGAAUUAGAAAAUAAAUCAACUAGUGAAGAUCUAAAACGAGAAUUAGAAACUUUAUCAACUAGCGAAGAUAUAAUACCAGAAUUAGAAACUUUAUCAACCAACAAAGAUUUAAAACCAGAUUUAUGGACAACAUUUUUAGAUUCUGAGGACAAACAACAAAAUGGACUUGAAGAAAAGCUAAAACUCCCUGAAGAUGAAACAUAUCUGUCUGUUGAUCCUCAUAAUUGUCAUGAACAGUUUUUUCAAAGAUCUAACUUGAAUAAACAAGCUCAAGUAGGGGAGAGGCCACUUGAAUGUGAUGCUUGCCAUAAAAGGUUUUCAGAUAGUUCUAGGUUAAAUGAACAUAAAAAAGUUCAUUCAGGAGAUAAACCAUUUGAAUGUGAUGUUUGUCAUAAAAAGUUUUCUCAGAGUUCUAGUUUAUAUACACACAAAAGAGUUCAUUCAGAAGAUAAACCAUUUGAAUGUGAUGUUUGUCAUAAAAAGUUUUCAUAUAGUUCUAGUUUAUAUACACACAAAAGAGUUCAUUCAGGAGAUAAACCAUUUGAAUGUGAUGGUUGUCAUGAAAACCAGCAUUAUAUCUUAUUUCUUCUCAUCCAGCCAACUUUAUAUCCUAUUUCUUCUCAAGCAACCAGCUUUAUCUCUUAUUUCUUCUCAUCCAACCAGCUUUAUGUCCUAAAACUUCUCAUCCAAACAGCUUUAUAUCCUAUAACUUCUCAAUCAACCAGCUUUAUGUCCGAUAUCUUUUCAUCCAACCAGCUUUAUGUCCUAUAA